CUUAUAUAAUAAAAGUCACAACAAGGGUCCAUAUUUUCAAUUCAUGCUCUUUUAUUUUUAAAUAUCUUUUUUUUUUCUCUUUACUUACACUAUGUUUAGAAUCAUAGGGAAGCAAAGUAUACGCAGCUUUGCAUUAUGUAGACAAUUUCCUCGACUUUUUAAGCAUCAUGUUCAUGUCAAUACACCUAUUAAAACUAUUUCACCUAUUAUGAUUGAUAAAAGUCAGGGUGAAUUAGAUUUAGAUGGAUCACUUGUAGAUAUUUUACCUGCAACUAAAUCAAGUAAUGAGCGACUUGUACAAUUACCCUUAAUUGACAUUGGAGAUUAUGUUGAAGCAUUUAGAAAUGGACAAUAUAGCGGUAUGGUAGUUGGACAAAAGAAAUCAAGUGGUGGACUUCAACAGUUGACACUUCUAUUACGAAAUGGGAAAACAUUUAAUCUUAGAAGUGAUAGUGUAGCCUUCUGUAUAAAGGAUUUUAUCAAAUCAGAACAGAUAUCAAAUAUAGUAAAUGAAUCUAUCGAUUUAGCAAACGUAGAUGCAAAUGGACUCUUACAGCAUAUUCCCGCUAGUUUUACUCGAGCUAUACAACAUUAUCAACGUACUUUAUCCCUGAAUAAAGGCUUAGCUCAUCAAGAUCUUAAACAACUUUAUAAGCAUUUUAUAGACAAAAAGACUCAAAUUACAUUAAAUGAAUUAACUUCGUAUGCUUUCAAAACUAAAACACCGACACCCUUACAACGUCAUAUCACUUUCUUACAUCUGGUAGCUGAUAAUACACAAUUUAUUCCAAGUCCUAAUGUUCGUGGUUCAGAUAUUUGGACCUUACGUCCUCAAGCAGAAUGUGAAAGAAUCAAUCAAGUAAUUGAAUCUAUUCGUACAAAGGAUCCAGCUUAUACAGACUUUUUAUCGCACAUGCGUUCCUUAAUAUCAUUCUAUAAUGCUCAUGCAGACCCUAUCCUAGGCACAUUCUCACAGACAGCAUUAGAGAUGGUUCCAACAAUGACUUCAAAAAUUACAUCAACAGAUAAAAUCUAUAUAAACUUCAUUGUUAACUGGAUUCGAUCACCCAAGGUCGUUGUAGAUUCACCUUACGAAGUAUUUGUGCCUACUAUUUUGAAGGCUUUAAAAUGUUAUGAUGACCUCUUUUUUGAUCGUUCAUUAGCUAUUCGAUUUUUAAAGGAAAUAGGUAUGUUUAAACCAUGGGACAAUGUGAGUCUACUCGAAAAUGCAUCUGUUGCUCGUGAAUUCUUCUGGUCAAAGGAGGCUCUAGAAAGUGAUAAAAAGAUGGAAGAAUUCAAGACAGCAUUUUUGUCGAGUCAUACAGAUCAUGAUAAAUAUGCUUCUAUUCGUCAUGAUUUUGGAGAUUUACCUGUUUAUACAAUUGAUGACCCCUCUGCAAAAGAAAUUGAUGAUGGCGUAUCUAUUGAACAUAUACCUGGAGAUGAUCAUUCAGUUUGGAUGCAUGUCCAUAUUGCCGAUCCUACUACAUAUAUUUCCCCUACUCAUGGACUCUCUCAAUUAAUGAAACAGAAGGUGCAGACACUUUAUUUACCCGAAUGUCAUUUUCCUAUGCUCUCUGAAGAAUUAUCAUCAAAGAAAUUCAGUUUAGGCUCUACAGCAUUUAAAAAUCAAGACGGCUCACAGUAUGCAAUGUCAUUUAGUACUCGUAUAGAUAAAAAUGGUAACCUGUUAGACUACAAAGUACAACCUAGUCUUGUAAAGAAUGUGAUAAAGGUCUAUUACGAUGAUCUAGAUCAGUUAUUAGAACCUAUUGCUCAUAUCCCUAAGGAUCCGCUAGUCAAAUUUGGUAAAGUAUUUUCUUAUCCAUCAAGUGAUAUCUUUGACGAAAGGGAUGCCGAAAAUCUUGAGAAUAAAAUAACGAUACCGGAAAAUGCAAAAAAGGACUUGAUUGAUAUCUAUCAUUGGGCUAAUAAGCACACGCAGUUACGUAUCAAACAAGGUGCAAUUUUAUUUAGUAAGCCAAAUCCAGUGAUAGAGACAUUGCCUGAAUUGCUUGAAUUACCUUCAACACAGUUCUCUUCACCGCACUACGUCUCUCAUCUACCUGCAGUUCGUAUAAAACUUGACAAAUUUAGUUAUUCACCAGCACGACAAAUGGUAGCAGAAACGAUGAUUAUGGGUGGCCGUAUCGCAAGUCGAUUCGCUGCAGAAUCAAAAGUUCCUAUUCCCUUUCGUACACAAAAUUGGAAUCCAAGAGCAUCAGCUACAGAUUUGCGUCUGCGAUCAGAGUUAUUAGCUUGUCGUGAACCCACGAUGGGUAUGGUUCAGAUGAAAGAUAUGGUACAUUAUAUGUCUAUCUUACCUCCCACAACUGUGACUACUCAAGCUGGUUUGCCUCAUGUAGUCAUGGGAAUUCAAGACGGUUAUACACGAGCUACUUCACCAUUACGUCGAUAUCUUGAUAUGGUAGUCCAUUGGCAACUAAAAUCACGUCUUUUAGGUCAUUCAAGACUACCGUUUAGUGAAAAACAAAUACAAUUGCUUGGAACUCAGAUUAUGGCACGCGAGAAACAACUAUCAUUGUUGCAAAAUAAAAGUAUCCAGUUCUGGGUAGUUAGCUUAUUAGAUCGCUUAAGGUCAAAUGGAUUAACAAAUACUAUGGAAUGGAACUGUCUUAUUAAUUUACCGAAUUAUGUUGCAAAGACUGAAUUGGGGGGUGCAAUGGAAGUGACGACUGGAACUAUACUCGAAUUAGGUAUUCCAGGACGUAUUGAAAAAUUGCAUAGAAAUGUUGAAGUGGGUGAAGUUGUUAAAGUUAGAAUAUCCAGUUUAGAACCUUUAUUAGGAAGAAUUAACUUGGAGCUAAUUUCUUAAAAAUAUAUGUAUAUGUAUACAAAUGCAAAUGAGUAAAUUGUAAAUGUAAAGUCAAUAUAUG